AAGUGGAGCGGGGCUGGGAGGGAAACGCUGAGGAAGCUCAGCACGCCGCAGCUUCGCACCUGCAGCCCCGUGCCUACCGCCACCCGUCCCCAGAAAAUCAUGGCGUCCGGCAGCACCAGUGAGGAGGAGCGCAGCCUCCGGGAGUGUGAGCUGUACGUCCAGAAGCACAACAUUCAGGCGCUGCUCAAGGACUCCAUCGUGCAGCUGUGCACUGCGCGACCCGAGAGGCCCAUGGCGUUCCUCAGGGAGUACUUCGAGAGGCUGGAGAAGGAGGAGGCAAAACAGAUUCAGACUCUGCAGAAAGCCGGCAGCCGUGCAGACUCCCGGGAGGAUGAAAUCUCUCCUCCUCCCCCCAAUCCUGUGGUUAAGGGCCGGAGGCGACGAGGUGCUAUCAGUGCUGAAGUCUACACGGAGGAAGAUGCUGCCUCAUAUGUUAGAAAGGUUAUACCAAAAGAUUACAAGACAAUGGCUGCUCUAGCCAAAGCCAUUGAAAAGAAUGUGCUCUUUUCACAUCUUGAUGAUAAUGAGAGAAGUGAUAUUUUUGAUGCCAUGUUUCCGGUCUCUUUCAUUGCUGGAGAGACUGUUAUUCAGCAAGGUGAUGAAGGUGAUAACUUCUAUGUGAUUGAUCAAGGAGAGAUGGAUGUCUAUGUCAACAAUGAAUGGGCAACUAGUGUGGGAGAAGGAGGGAGCUUUGGAGAACUUGCUUUGAUUUAUGGAACACCCAGAGCAGCCACUGUCAAAGCGAAGACAAAUGUGAAAUUGUGGGGUAUUGACCGAGACAGCUAUAGAAGAAUCCUUAUGGGAAGCACACUGAGAAAGCGGAAGAUGUAUGAGGAGUUCCUUAGCAAAGUGUCUAUUUUAGAAUCUUUGGAUAAGUGGGAGCGUCUCACAGUAGCUGAUGCAUUGGAACCAGUCCAGUUUGAAGAUGGACAGAAAAUUGUGGUGCAGGGGGAGCCAGGGGAUGAGUUCUUCAUUAUCUUAGAGGGUUCAGCUGCUGUGCUACAGCGUCGGUCAGAAAACGAAGAGUUUGUUGAAGUGGGAAGAUUGGGGCCCUCUGAUUACUUUGGUGAAAUUGCCCUGCUGAUGAAUCGUCCGCGAGCUGCCACGGUGGUUGCUCGUGGCCCCUUGAAGUGUGUUAAGCUGGACCGACCUAGAUUUGAACGUGUUCUAGGCCCGUGCUCGGAUAUCCUCAAACGGAACAUCCAGCAGUACAACAGUUUCGUGUCACUGUCUGUCUGAAAUCCGCCUCCUGUGCUGCCCUUUCUCCUCUCCCUGGUCCAUGCUUCAGUCUCGCAGAUGGCUUUAUUUUCCCUAAUUGCAGCGCCAGGUGGCCACUGGCAUCACAGCUUCGUGUCUGUUUAUAUUAAAGUUGCUUUCCUUGCGCCCUUUUUCAUUUGGAGCAUUGAGUGAAUGCUCGUACACGGUUAAAUAAAUAGAAAGAGUUCU